AUUCACAAAAUUUAAUUAAGGUUGUCGAUAUCAUUUUAUGACAAACGUUUACUUAAAAACACACAAAAAGAAUCACUACAGGUGCCCCUGACGUCAAAUAAAAAAAUGGCUGCUCUUUUCGGACACGGGAAUCCUCUCUCGACUGCGGUCGGGCAGAUGAUAGAACGGGCUACAGAUGGCAGCCAGCCCUCGGAGAACUGGGCUGUCUACAUGGAGGUGUGUGACCGCAUCAAUGAAACUGAGGAGGGACCUAAAGAUGCAGUUAAGGCUAUCAGAAAGCGUUUGAAUCAAAACAUGGGUAAAAACCACACAGCAGUUCUGUACACUCUCACAUGUUUGGAAACCUGUGUGAAGAACUGUGGGAAGAGAUUUCAUGUGUGUAUGGCAACAAAAGACUUUCUCAAUGACCUCGUGAAAGUGAUUGGACCCAAGUAUGACCCACCGCAGGCAUUGCAGGAGAAAGUACUGAGCAUGAUACAGACCUGGGCUGAUGCUUUCCGAGGGGCCCCAGAUCUGAAGGAAGUGGAGAAGAUCUACCAGGAGUUGAAAUCCAAGGGCAUAGAGUUUCCAAUGACAGACCUAGACAAUCUGGCUCCAAUACACACACCAGCACGGACACAUGGAGGUGCAGACCCAGAACCUCAAGUGCGGCCCAAACCAAUCACCACCAACAGAGCUUCAGCAUAUGUAGUUGAAGAAGAGGAGUAUGAAAUGUUCCAGCCCACAGUACGGGGCCAGGGUCAUGUGAUACAUCCCCCAGGCCAGGCACCUAUGGCUAUGCAGGCGCCACGGAUCCCAGGCAUCCCAGUUGUGCCGACCCAGGAGCAACUUGCCAAGCUGCGCAGUGAGCUUGAUGUGGUGCAAGGUAACGUGCGUGUCAUGAGUGAGAUGCUCACGGAACUGUCCCCUAGCAACGUGGACUCCUCCGAUCUGGAACUGCUGCAGGAGCUUAAUCGAACCAACAGACAAAUGCAACAGAGAAUUGUUGAACUCCUAGAUGGAAUUCCAAAUGAGGAAGUAACAAAUGAGUUGCUGCGAGUAAAUGAUGACCUGAACAACGUUUUCUUGCGCCAUGAGAGGUUUGAGCGUUUCCGAACUGGACAGACGGGUCAGAUCAACACAGAGCAAGAACCAGCAUUGACCGAAUCUUUCUCCCCUCCCUCCUACAAUGAAAGUGUUCGCCGCCCUGACCCCCUGCCAGCCCAUCUGCCUGCGCACCAGCCUGCCCACCAGCCUGCCCACCAGCCUACCCCUAAUGUGGGUAACCUGAUAGACCUUGGGGAAGAAGUCCCAGUAACCAACACAGCAGUGGUGGCAGGCAGGCUGGCUCAGAUGAAUGUCAAUGGUGCUGCCCUGGCCUCUGGUCACAAUGAUGAUGACUUUGAUAUGUUUGCUCAAUCCAGACAGUCAUUCGAUCAAAAUAGAGACAACCUCAGGUCGGGUACCAACUAUGUGAAUGAAGACCAGUUUGGGGCGGGUAUGGGUGUAGGUGCAGCAGUGAACUUGAAGGCUCAGCCAUCGGAGGAGGAAAUCCUAAAGGUAAAUAUCUGGUUGCAGGAUAAGGAGACUGACUAUGAUGAGAUGGAGCAGUGGCUGCAGCAACACGAGGCCGCCACAGGGCAAGGGCGCAGCAAGGAGCAGCCUAUUUCUAGCUCAGACAGUGCUUGUGGACAAAGAGUUUGACCAGUUUUUAUCAGACCGUGCGUCUGCUGCGUCGUCGGUUCCCUCCAUAUCGGCGCAGACUGGUACCAGAUCCAGACAACUUCAGAAAGAUGACGAUGACAACCCCAUGUUUGCUUUAUAGGCAGUGUUUUAUACUGUACCCUCAACUAUUGAUCCACUAAUUGUUAAUUGAAGAGUGUUAGCACAUGUCUAGUCGUCUCCUUUGAUCACUAGAAAUCAGUCACCUGCUGACAAUGACGAAUUCUGAUACUAGGUAUCAGAGAAUUGUUUUUAGAAUAAACCUGACGAGAAUCUCUGUGCUUCAUGUACAGAGUUGUCUGCAAUCCUUGAAAAGGGUUCUGGACUUCUCUAGUCUAGAGGUUACUGCAAACAAUGUAGCUACUUUGUUAUUAGUCCCUCACAGAUGAUGCACAUUUAUGUUUAGAUUUGAUAUGUUAAAAUAUUAGUGUCUAAUGAUUUUAUAUUAACAGAUUUAAUGUUUAUUUUGCUGUGUCAAUUAAAAGUUUGGUGUUAAUUUUGAUGUGUCACAUAAAAAGUUAAGUGUUUAUUUAAAAUAGACAUGAUUGAUAGGAAUUACUUAAUACAAUUGAUUCAGACUUUUCAGUCAUUGAUACUUAUAUAUGUAAUUUCUUGAAACAAUUGACACAAUUUAUUUUAAGAAUAUUUGUUUUAAUGUAUUACUUUUAUAACUUUUCUAUGUUUGUUUAGAACAAAGUAUUGAGAUUUAAAAUUGCUAAAAUUUGUCAUUAUUAUAUUUGUUUAUACAUUGGAGUGUUACAUGUAUCUGAUUUUGGUAUUUAUGAUAAAGCAGCGUUGUUUAUAUUUCCUUUAAGUAAGUUUUACUUUGCUUACUACAAGUAUCUACACAUAAAUUGUGUGUUCAGACACACUUGGUUAUAUUGUGAUGAUAAAUCAUUGAAGUCUCACAAGUUUUUUAAGAUUCAUGUGAUAUGGUGAUCGAACAAGAGAAUAGUUAUACUGGCACAUAUAUUUACAGGGAUCUGAAAAAAGAAUAGUAUAGACCGUUAAAUGCUAUUUUGGGAAGUCAAGGGGGACGCAGAUUUGUUCGUUGUAUCACACGUUUUGUGAUCAUGUGUGUUAAGGAAAUUUGUUAUUUAACAUUGUUGUAUUGUUGACCCAUGUAGUGCAUUUUACAAUACAUGUACUUUUAUUUGUGUUCUGGAAUUUCAAAGAAAUGGAUAUAAUUGUAUAUCUUGUCUAAGUUUAUAAUUGUAUAUCUUGUCUAAGUUAAGUUUUUACGUCCAAUUUGCUUAGUUUAUUUGUUCAAAUAUAAAAAAAUACUUGAAAGUUUAAUGAGCAAAACAUUUUUAUUCUUGUAAAAAGACUAGAAAAUGCAUUCCAAGACAAGUUUAAUUAUUGUUUGGCACCAAUAAUAAUUUUUUAACUGCACUUAAUGCAUCACCCGACAGCAUGCAAGAGUGAGGUAAUAAUGGAAUAUCCGUCACAUUUAGGCAAUGUUUAGAAGGCAUGAUGCAAUCAAUUUCAUGGUUACAACUCAAAGGUCAAGAGGAUCUCGGUGGGGAUAAAGCUGUCCUUUGGACUGCCUUGUUAAUAAGACACACCGGUUAAUUUGUUGUCUGUGUGGAUUGCUUUUUUAAAACCAUAUUUACACAGUGCAACCAAAUCCCAACGUUUUUUUAAAUGUUAAUAUUGUUGUGUAUAUGGACAUAAUGUUCAAAUAAAGACUCUGUGUUUCAUGUUCAUCUUUUAUGUUGUGGAGAAAACCAUACAAUAAAUGUAUAGUAUUUAUAUAUGUUUGUGUUGCAAUAGUCAUUGUUUACCAUCACCCAAAGAAAUAUUGCUCUGUUGUUUUUUUUAAAUAUAAAAAUAAUAAUGUUUUGUAAGCGUUCAUAUGUAUGAAGAACUAGGGAACUAGCUUUGUAUGUGCUUUCUGCUUAGUGCUGCUUCGGAGAAGGGAAAACUUAUGCACUCUUUAAUUUACACACAUUUUAUUGCUAGCCUGAUUGUAGCAGGAAAUUAAUCUACUUUUAAAAUUGUGUUUUUGUUAAUAUGUAAUUAUUACCGAUUCUAAUUGAAAAAAAAAUCUGUCAUUGGGUGACAGAUGCUAGACUUUCUUUCGUUUCUAUUUUUUUUGAGCUGCCUAAAGAUAAGAACUGCACACAAUUACAAUAAAUGCCUAUCUGUGUGCACAGCAGCCAAUAUAUUGCAGUCAUAUAAUAAAACUUAUUACAUAGACAUUAGUAUAUGAAAACAUAAGUCUACAGUGAAUUAAGGUAUUUAUACAUAAUUGUAUAAGAUUUUAAUGAAAGCACUUAGUAUUUUCAACGUGCAUUGCUGGUAAUAUAAAUAAUUUUGUAAAUUAUCACAUUGGUGCAAUUUUUUAGGACACAUGGUUUUCAACCAAUAGCAGUAUAUUUCAUUACUUCUUCAUAUGAUAGUUCCAGCAGUUAAUUUUCAAACAUGUUGCUGUUUAACCAUUCAUUAUAUUAAUUCAAGGAGUAUUAUUUAUGGUACUGUGUCAUGUAUGUAAACAGAUAUUUAUUGAAUCUUGUAAAAAUUGUAUUUAAAAAAAAAGAGUCUUAGUUAACACUGUUGAGUAGUUUUUAAUUCAAUAUAUUGUUAAGUGUUAUAUGAACACUUGUUGCAAAAUGCAGAUCAUUAUGUGAAACUUUGAUAGUUGUUUUCACGCUCAUGAUUUUGAAUGUAUUCAUAUAUUACAUAAUUAAAUAUUGGAAACAA